GUUUAGCCCAGAAGCUCUGAAUUGGCUGUUCAUUAAAGGGUUGGUGGGGUGGUUCUUGCAAGUUUCCCUGUUGAAAAUGUCAUUGUUUUCAUUCGGUAGUGGGGAGGCGCCCCUGCUGGACAUAAUGGCAUAUGCCGGGUAUACUUUCACAGGUAUGUGUCUGGCUGUCUUGGGAAGAAUCAUGUGGAGCUACUCAUACUACUUUUUGAUGCCAUGGGCGUGCUUGUGCAUGGGAAUCUUCUUGGUAAAGACAAUGAAGAGAGUUCUUUUUGCGGAGGUGAGGACUUAUGACUCGAGCAGGCGUCAUUACCUCCUGCUCUCCAUUGCUUUGGCUCAGUUCCCACUUUCCAUUUGGCUUGGCAACAUUAGUGUUAAUUGGCUUUUCUAAAGUCCUACUCUCUGGCUAUGGUGUUGCGAGCAAACAAUUUUGUCUGUAAGUGUCUAUGGAGUGUUUUUUACAGGCAUUGUUGUUUUGUAAUUUUGGUUGAUCUCUUGAGUUGGUCCAUUUUGAUUUCUUAUUCAAUUUGUUCACGUGAAUGCCUGGAUUUAACAACCAAGUAAUAUUGUUCUUAGAAGCUGAAAACAUCCUAACUACCUUGGCCAAGCUGAACUUGCCCGGUUUGCCUUGUUGGUGUA